AAGAGAGUGCGGGGCCGGGUUCAAAGGAAGACGUGUAGAUGAGAUGGAAUCAGAGCUGCUUCCAAAUGAUAUUGUUCUAAAUACGAGCUGAAAACUACAACUCGUAAAUAGUGUCUCUUACAGGAGUGUUAAGAACAUCGAUAUAAUCCCAUGGUGCAAGCUACAAAACCUCAUCACUACAGUCUGACAGUGUCCGGAGACGACCACCAGUCCAGCACAAGACUCUUGCAAUGAGUUUUGUUGAAUAUGGUGAUACAAUCAAGGAUGGUGACACAGCUAUUGUGUUCUUGGGCCACGAAUCCAUGUUUCCUGUGAAAGUCCAGCAAGGCAGUGUAACUCAGACUAAAUAUGGGGUCAUCCGGCAUUCCACGGAUCUCAUAGGCAAGAAGUAUGGCUCCAAAGUGACCUGCAGUAAAGGAGGAUGGGUUUUUAUUCUUCAUCCAACUCCAGAACUGUGGACUGUGAAUCUUCCACACAGGACACAGAUCCUGUAUUCCACUGACAUCUCUGUAAUCACCAUGAUGUUAGAACUGAAGCCAGGCUCCAUAGUAUGUGAAUCAGGUACAGGCAGCGGGUCCCUGUCCCACGCUCUCAUCAGGACAGUGGCUCCCACGGGGCACCUGUACACAGUGGAGUUCCACCAACAGAGGGCUGAGAAGGCCAAGGAGGAGUUUCGGGAGCAUGGAGUAGAGCAUCUGGUCACGGUGACCAACCAGGAUGUCUGCAAGAAUGGAUUUGGUGUCUCAGACAUUGCAGACGCUGUGUUCCUGGAUAUUCCAUCCCCAUGGGAAGCCAUUGGACAUGCAAAGUCAGCCUUAAAAGCUGAAGGUGGCCGCAUCUGCUCUUUCUCCCCCUGCAUUGAACAAGUCCAGAGAACUUGCCUAGCAAUGGAAGAGUACGGUUUUACAGAGAUUAACACCUUGGAAAUUCUGCUCCGAGUAUACAAUGUAAGGACAAUUAGCUUGCAAAUCCCUGACCUUGGAAAAGCAGCUGAGGAUAAUUCUAGCGCUGACUUUGACAGCAGCAACCCAUCAAACCAAGGUAGCCCGGGCACUAAUCUGCAGCAAGGAACGGUGCAGUUCAAAAGCGGCGUGCCACUGAGGGAGAUGGUGGGUCACACUGGGUACCUGACCUUUGCCACUAAGAGCCUCUUCUAGUCCAAUUCAACUUGGGGAAGUUCGGAGUGUUUUUUGUGUGUGUGUGUGCAUUUGCCGUUUUCAUGGUUAUUUUUUGUAGGGCAUCCAAAUUUUUCCUUGUCAGGGAAUUCCAUAUAUAGUCAGAUUUAGUUGGAACAUGCUUUGUUUAAAUAGCACGCAAGCAUUCACCAGAGCAGCAUCAAGGGAAUGUUGGAACUCUGGAGCGGUGCUCCGCUUGCCGUCAGAAAGACAAAGUAAUAGCAAGUGGCCAUUCAUUGGAAUGUGUGGGAUAGAGAUUCCUCCUGAUAAGAAAGUAAAACAGCACACUGAUCACAAACAAGAUGGAUUUUUUUCCUCCUCUUUUCUGAAUGACUUCCCCAGUUUGAUGUUUUUAUCACAGCACCACGAGACACUUCUCUUUUGAAACUUCUCUGGCGUGUGCGUGUUGCUUUUAGGAACGUGGAAGUGCUUCUUUGCUUCCUUUUGGAUAUGAAAGUUGCAGAGCCGUAUGGUUGCCUGCAUAGCAGGUCACAGUUUUAGUGUUUCCUUGGAAUAGUGUAGAGCUGCACAGAAGGCUAUUGGCAGCACUCAGGAUCACAGCCUCUUACUCCAUUCUGGCAUUUGCAAAUCACUUGGAUUACACAGUUUGAAUAAGUGUGCUAAUUGUUGGAUUUGGUCUAAAAUGGUAUUGCUAUCAAUUGAUAGUAGAAAAUCAGGCAUGGAUUUGUACUAUAAUCUUCUAACAGGUCAUCUGCUGUCAGUGUUAUGAAUCCACUGUGAAAAUGGAUGGGGAAUGUUACCUGAACUUCUCUCUGUGAGCAGUGUGGCUGAGGUGCAGUUUGCUUGGUGUUUUAUGUGCAUGAUGGUGAGUUAUCGUCCUACGGCUGAAUGACAGUAAGAUUGCUUUUGGCAGGCCUUGUCUCCAAAUGGCAACAAUAACGGAAACGUGGUAAAACCAUUAAUCAGCCUUAUUAAUUAAGUUUUUAGACCAUUUACUCUUCAAUAUUCCAUAAAAGCUGGUGGGCGAGAUGAACUUUUUGAAUGCUGGAUUACGUGUUAUUAUUUACAGAGUAAAAUAAUUAUGAAAAAUGUU